AUGGCAACAGCGUUGCCACUCGAAGGUGAUGGUCUUGUGGAGAAUUUGUAUCAAUACUUGUGGUCAGCAGAUAACCUUGGAGGUGAUGUUCAAGUUCCAGUACCACAAACGGUAAUCUAUCGAGGUUCGCAGCCAAUGGCUUGGUAUUUUACGAGUCGCAAGUGUGGACGCAUUAAACGAAAAACUCGAGAACAUCUUAAUUCGACACUUAUUGAACAAUCGUUUACUAAGAUGAAGGCAAGCACGGAGAUUGUGGCUUAUUAUUUGUGUCAAUCAGAUUCAGAAAGUAUCAGCCCUGCCAUCGAAUACUUUGACGCGGAGGCGCUUCACGUUUUUCUAUUCAAAAGACAAAAAAACUCGCACGCAUCAACGUCUACUUCGCACCGGUCAGCAGGCAUACUCCAGCAAUUUUUAGUUCCAAAAGGAGGCCACCAUUCAACACUCAAGGCGAUUUGGUCACCAAAAUUGUGCUUACUGGAAAGGCGAGAAAAUGUGCAUACACUCCACGACGCCCGAUUUAAUGUUUAUGAACGCGGUGUCACAUUUGAAGAAGGAGGCGGUGUAGAUUCUCUCAGCCGACCGGAUCCAGUGCGAGGGUCCAUUUUGCCUGGUAUGGUGCAACAGCUGUGUGAGCGAGUUGUUGACUACGUUUCUCGCGUUUCCUACCAUAAGUACAGAAUUGCACGAAUGGUCUUGCGGCUUCAACUAGAUGCGGACGAUCGAUUGUGGUUAUUAUGGUGUUCUUCAAUGCGUUUGCAGUCGCCGUUGACUGCCGUCGCAUCGGCUUCAGCAAUAAACAUUCGCCCACUCGACAUUGUCAGCGACGCAAAAGUUUCAAGUCUUACUUUUGCUCAAGCUUUCGAUAAUCGGUCAAGAUUUCGAAGCUCCGCGAAAUUUUUGGAAGCAAAUGACGAACUUUGUUCGGGACAGUCGCGCUGUGCUAGUUGUGCUCAGGUCGUAGCUCAGCGUGCGCUCUUUCCGACGACUUACAGAGCUGUGUUGGCUCAUUUCCAGUACGUGCUGAAAUUUUCUGACCAGUGCAUUGAUGGAGACAAGCGAACUUCGCUUGAGUGGCCACCAAACGAGCAAGUUGUACAGCAGGCUGGCGGCGUUGGAUUCGGCAUCUGUCAUCACCUGAAGAUGACGAAAUCUAACAACAGUGUUCCUGGGUUGACGAAGGUAAGACGUGGAGGAAAGCAGUGGCAAAAGCGCGAACUUAUUAUACCCCCUGUGAUUCGGUACAUUCAUCCAGCGCUACUGCCUGAGGACUAUGCUCGUCUUCGCCAAGACCCAAUAUUUUUGCACAAAACUGUUGGAGUUUGCGAGCAUUGCUGUCUCGUGUAUGCAGACUACACCACUGCUUCACUUGAAGCCAACGCUCUUGGGGCUCGAACGAGUGCCAGCGCCCCGGCGUGCUUACGACCCGUUCGCGAAAAGCCCAAACAGAUCGACUAUUUGGACGAGUGCUCAACAGAGCUACGAUUGCAGACCAAUAGUCUUGGUGACUCGUUAACACGAAAACCCCACGAUCGACCGCCUCCAAUUAAGCCUACUGCAUUGAAACCUGAGGGUCGAUUUUUAACGUUACAAACAGGACCUCGGCGAAUUCUCCAUUCUUUGCCUGUGACCCCACAAUUGCCUCCUCGCAUUAAUGCAAUCCAACCAAGUGAUAGUUAUGCUCCUGGUAUCCCGCUCAGUCUUUAUGAUGACAAAUGUCCUCAAUUACAACAAAAAGGCGCUUUUAUUCGAGAGAGAGAUCAACACAAUAACGCGACAAAGGCUGGUGGCUAUUCUCUUGGACAUAUGUUAGAUCGACUGUCGAAGGCGAAAGCACUACGCCGUCUAACUUCGCUGGGAAAUAGCACCCAAUUCAGACAAAAUCAUUCUGCCAGUGCUUUUGCCGACGCGAUAGCCGGAGCUAAACUUGAAAAGAAUACUGAAAAGAGUCCUUAUAGCAUCGUACAGAAGAUUAUUGGUGAAAAUGGGCAAAGCAGGAGGUCGUCUAGGAAUUUCGUGCCACAAAAUGGAUCUGUUAUUAAACUUCCAGUCAAAAUUUCAGUUAACGGCGAGACGAAGCCAGUUGAUUUGAAAUAUACACAUGGCAAGUGUCUGGCUGUCUCUAAGAAGAGACGAUUUGUAAGCUCGCGUGAAAUUCAAGCUGCGGCUGAACAUCGGGGCUUUCUUGAAGCUGCUCUUUUGAAUGCACAAGUGCAGUUGAACCAAAUUGAGCUAUCAGCGACACUGAUCAAAACAACGCCCAUAGUUGAAGUGGAAAUGCCCAAGGAUUCAAAGGAAGCUGGAAAGCUUCGAAAUCGGAAACAGCACACGAAGAAUCGGCUAGCAGGUCCUUACCUACGAGAUAAUGUGGUAGAUAGCGGUGAGAAAGAGCCUGAAGAACCCGAACAGAGCAAGAUUAACGAUAACGUUACAAAUCAGAAUGACUAA